GCCACUCGAAAUAAACAAGCGCAAAAAAAGGGGGGUGCCGUUGUGGCGGACCGGUCCGGCUCCAGUGUCACGUUUAUUAUCAGCGGCCGAUUGUCAGAGGGGGGUCCUUACACCUAUAAGUUACCAUCAGAGAAGCCCAAACCUCCCCGUCCGCGUCUGGUUCCACUGAACCCAUAUCAGUGUAAACUUUUUAAUACCUGCGAUGCAUACGCUGAGCUCCGACAAAGCGAGGAUUUCCCUGAAAGCUCAAGUGAUAACCACAAGUGGACCCACGGACAAGACCCGUCACCCCCCUUCCUCCAUGCCUGCUCUAUAGUCAACGAGAAACCCAUAUUCUCUCUCACACCUCGCUUUCAGCCAUUUGACCAACCCCCAACCCUUUUUUUUCACACCAUGGCCAGCAAGAGGAAGUCAUCCACUCCCUGUAUGAUACCUAGCAAGAUUAUGCGCCCCUUAGAGGAAGUUGAGCAGGACUCCCCUGUUCUCCGUCAAUCAGGGGUUUCUGGAGGUGACACACAAAGCCCCCUAGACCCCGGAGAGUCUUCCAAACCAGAGGCGGGGGAUGUAGUCAAAGAUGGUGUAGGCAGUUACACCUGUAAGCCUUGUAAUUUUGAAACCUAUGACCUUAACUUGUUUUUGGAUCACGUCUACACCGGGCACCCAGACUUCCGUGCUGAUCCCAGCUUCUUUUGUGUGAGCUGUGGGGUUUCAGCACCCAAGUUUGAGGGCCUGGCAUUGCACAAUGCCAGGGUUCACCCCAGCACAUUGAACACCACUCUGCGGCUGAGGAAGAGAGACAGGAGGUUGGUGGUAGAGCAAAAUCUGGUGACUGGGGCCGAGACCGGGAAGGAUAGCGAGAUUUCCAUCACUAAAACCCCAAUUAUGCGGAUGCUGAAGGGCAAAUCGGAGCCUAAACGGAUUGUGGUGUCUCACUCGGUCUCUGAUGAGGCUGCCUCAGACCCACACACUAUCUCUGCAUCUAGAGAGACUGAGAGAAAAGAAACUGCCUCAGUGACAGUCGCCCAUGUUCCUACAAUUGUCCACAAUGGCACAACCAAGGUCACGCUGCCUUCAGCAAUCCAGAUAGUCAAUGGCUCAGGAGCAUUACCCAUGCUAAAGACACCCAUCACACAGGUGGUUUCAGUAGUUCAAAACAGAAACGUUCAUCAUUCUGCGCCGAUCACCGCCUCCUCAAAUAUUUCCUCCAGUUCCUCCUCAGAAAAUCUUCCAAAGGUAAUGAUUCCUUUGAGCAGCAUCCCUACCUACAGUGCCUCCAUGGAUUCUUCUUCCUUCCUGAAGACCUCCUUCAGUAAGUUUCCGUACCCCACAAAGGCUGAACUGUGCUACCUGACUGUGGUUACAAAAUUCCCCGAAGAGCAGAUCAAAAUCUGGUUCACAGCCCAGAGACUGAAGCAAGGCAUCAGCUGGUCUCCUGAAGAGAUAGAAGAGGCCAGGAGGAAGAUGUUCAACACCAUAAUCCAAACGGCACCCUCCAGCUCUCAGCACCAGCCCCACAGUCACCACAGCCCAGCACAACAAACCAUCACAGUCCUGCCUGCCUCACUCGGGGCCACGGGCAUCCCUCACAUUCUGCAGGGAUCUCUCGUCAGCCAAGGGGGGGUAAUUGUCACACAGCCUGUAAUGGCAAAUGGUAUCCAGGUUAGCAGUGCUCCUGUGGCCCUGGCUGUCACACCUAAGCCCCAGGCAGCAGCACGGCCUAUGAUGCAGGCCCGACCUGCUGCAGCCCUGGUGGCAGAAAAAGGCAUGAGCAUGGUGGUGGGGACAGUGGGCAGCAGCAGUACAGGAAUGAAUAUCAUUAGCAGCAGUAGUAGUAGUAGGAGUGGGGGAGGGGGCAUUAGCAGUGCUCUUAGCAGCAGUCUGACUAGUGUGAUCAACCUGAGUAUGGGAAGCAGUAAUCAUAGUAAUACUAAGGUGAGCAGUUUAAAUGGUAAAGACAGCAGUGUUAAUGUUGACUCCAGUGAUAAGAGUGAGGUAACUGGCCAUGUAAAUGCCAAGAACACAGAUGUCAGCAAAGCCAACAACACCACUGUGCUGCAGAAUGACAGUGAAGUAACCACAGAAAACAAAAAUACCACAGACAGCAAAAUGACUAACAUCAACAGUAAAAUGGGCAACGGUUUACUGAAGAGCAAAGAUACUAAUGGUAGCAGCAACAAAAAUGACACAACUAACACAAGCACAGAUGACCUCGACCCCACUGCCAGUGAAUCUCCACCCAUCAAAAUGGAGGAUGCUUCUUCCCCUGCCUCCAAGUCUUCUUCCCCCUCCCCUGCAGCUCCUUCGAGCAGCACGCUGGGGAGGGGGACCUCCGUUAAUGCAUUCCUGGACCCCAGCUUUUACAAGGGCAAGAAGUCUCAGGAGCAGCUCAGCGCCUUGAAGGACAGUUUUCAGGUGAACCAAUUUCCUGACCAGGAUGAGGUGGACCGGCUCAUUGCUUUGACGGGGCUCACAGUGCGAGAAGUUCGCAAGUGGUUUAGUGACCGGCGCUACCACUUUCGUAACCUCAAAGGUUCACGCUCCAGCACGGGAGCACAGAAUAAACCUGCCACUGUGUCCGGAACAGGGAGCGGUACGAGCACGCCGGGAACAAGCGCCGGUGGCAGUGCCAACCCUGUCGAGCUGUCAGAAAGUAGCAGCAACUCUGGUGCAAAAACUCCCCAACACAGCUCUGCUCCACUGAGCCCAUCUGCAACACAGACACCCACCUCUCCCACCACACCUUCCCGCCGACUCCCCAGGCCACCAUCCCCAGAUUUCACAGCUAUCCGCUAUAAGGAGAGAGAACCCCACCAGGUUAAGGCCUUAGAAGCCAGCUUUGCCCAGAACCCUGACCCAUCAGGAGAGGAAGUGGACAGACUGCGGUCUGAGACCAAGAUGACCAGAAGAGAGAUUCACGGCUGGUUCGCUGAGAGGAGGAAGAGAGUGGCAGCUGAGAAGAAGAAAGAGGAGGCUGAACGGGCAUUGAGAGAGGAGGAGGAGGAAGAGAUGGAGGUUGACGGAGAAGAGAGACAGAGAGACGAAAGUCCAGGAGAACCAAAAGUUAAUCCUAUCAAAAUAAAUCUGAAGAUGCUGAAGGUGACGGAGGCCAAUGGGAAAGCAGAUUGCGAAGGGCUGGACAGCACGCCUGUGUCCUCCCCGGGUCCUUCCUCCUCCAUUACCCCCAAAACAUCACAGUCCUCCACACCAAUGCCCAAACCAACCCACUCCCCCAAACCCACAGCCAUCAGAGGUAAGAAGACAGUGGACCAGCUCCACCUGAUGAAACAAGUCUACGCUCGGACCCAGUGGCCCAGCGCCACUCAGUAUGAUGAACUCAUCUCAAGUACUGGGCUGCCCCGGCCCGAAGUAGUGCGCUGGUUUGGAGAUUGCCGUUAUGUGCAGAAGAAUGGCCAGCUGAAGUGGCUGGAGUCAUACCAGAACAUGGCUCUGGAGGAGGAGCUGCAGAAGGGGAAUGUGCACGUUCUCCAGGCUCACCUCGACGUCCAUGGAAGGCUGGAGGAAUCACAGUUGCAGGAACUGGCUCAGAGUAGCGGUUUGACAACAGAUUUGGUGCGACACUGGUUUUCCACCAAGGCAUCUUUGGAACAAACUCCUGCUGCUGCCGCUCACACAACAGGAGCGCGACCGGUUGCACCAGGUGCGGCAGCUGAGCCACGAACAACAGGAUCCUCCCCUCCGGAGCUGCAGGCAGGAGGCGUGAUGGAGGAGAAAAUGGAGGCGUCGGUGUGCAGUGUCGCAACAGAAGCAGAGGACGCCAACGCUGACGAGACUGUGAAUACUGCUAAAGGAACUGAUUGAAGAGGCCUUUUGUGUGAGGAUGGAGUCGACAACGCAGGUGGUCUUUGUGCUGGGAGCCUGACUAAAAGACGGCAGAUGCGUUUGUAACAAGAUCACUGGAUGGAAAUGGAUCUUGAAACCAUCUCCACCCAUCCCUCUUCUACCC